AUGAACGUGACCGGCGCGACAUUGAUACUAGUGAGUCAGAAACUCGGUGAUCAUAUAGUUGACUUGUCUUGCUGUGUGGGUUGCAAAGUGAGACCUCCGCAGAGUUGGCGAUGGCGAUUUGUGAAUGAAAAUUUCAUGGGGAGAGUUGAUAAAAUAAAUGAGGGCAACGACAAGCGCAGCACCUGUCUUCUUUUUUGUGGACCUCAUUUCCCUGCUUCACAAAAUUAUAAGAGAGAAUAUUUACAAAAGUAUCCAUUUAUCCAGGUUGAUGAUGUGCCACUGGAUGUUGUGCCUGAUGUUAUUGGUAAUUAUGAUAUUUGUAUAGUGAAAAGUAUGCGACUUAGUUCAGAUCUUAUUUCUCGUGCAAACAAGAUGAAGCUUAUUAUGCAGUAUGGUGUUGGGCUAGAAGCUGUCGAUAUCAAUGCUGCUACAAAGCAUGGAAUCAAGGUUGCUAGAAUUCCAGGCGGUGAUUCUGGAAAUGCAGCUUCAUGUGCCGAAAUGGCCAUAUAUCUAAUGUUGGGCCUUCUCCGUAAACAAGAUGAGAUGAAAAUUGAUGUAAAGCAGAGAAAGCUUGGAGAACCAAUCGGUGAAACGCUGCUUGGGAAAACCGUAUUCAUUAUGGGAUUUGGAAAUAUUGGUAUCCAUUUGGCAAAGCGUUUGCGUCCAUUCGGCGUGAAAAUCCUUGCUACUAAACGGAGUUGGGCAUCGCAGUUGGAUAACUCAUGCAAAUCUGAUGCAUUGCCCAUUCAAAAUGGUACCAAUGAUGAUCCGGUUGAUGAGAAGGGUCGUCAUGAAGAUGUAUAUAAUUUUGCAAACAAGGCCGAUCUAGUUGUCUGUUGCUUGUCAAUGAAUAGCGAAACGGCUGGCAUAGUAAACAAGAGGUUCAUAUCUUCAAUGAAACAGGGUGCCCUUUUGGUUAAUAUAGCUCGAGGGGGUCUCUUGGACUACGAGGCUGUUCAUUAUCAUCUUAAAUCAGGUCACUUGGGUGGCUUAGGCAUUGAUGUUGCUUGGACAGAGCCAUUUGAUCCCGAGGAUCCAAUUUUGAAGCUCCCAAAUGUCUUAAUCACACCCCAUGUUGCAGGGGUUACAGAAUAUAGUUUUAGAUCCAUGGCUAAGGUUGUUGGGGAUGUCGCCCUUCAACUUCAUGCAGGGGCUCCCUUGACAGGGAUAGAGUUUGUCAACUGA